GUCACUGUAACUGUAAAAGUGUGUGUCUUCUGCACCGACCUUUCCAAUUUAUUUAGAAUUGUGCUUAAAAUUCAGUCCUUUAUAGACAUGAAUGCUGUCAAAGUAUUAAAAUCUGGCAAUGCCUUGAGAAACUCAGUUUUUCAUCAGCGUAACUUUGCUGCUUGUUCUGUUUUGAUGGCAAACAAAACUGCUACAGAUCCAAUACAGAAGUUGUUCUUGGAAAAAUUAAAAGAAUAUACUAAACGAAGCAGUGGUGGAAAGUUGGUUGAUGUGACACCUGAAAAGCAAAAACAAUAUGACGAAGUUUUACUUAAUUUAAAGAAACAAUAUGGUGCUGACAAAGGUGAAGACUUUAACAAAUUCCCAACAUUUAAUUUCCCAGAACCAAAACUGGAUCCUAUCAAUAUGGAUGAGCGUCAUGCAUAAAAGAAUAAGGAUUGCUAAUUUUUGUUAUAAUAAGAUUAGGUAUUGAAAUAAAUUAUAAGAACUACACUGUCUGUUAUUUUUUUGUUUGUUUGUUUCAAUAGUGUAAUAAAAUUGAAUUUAAUCUUGUCAAUAAAAUAAAUAAUGUUUUAUAGAUA